AUGGCGGCUGGUGAUAUCGUUGAGUUGAAACUUGGGCUUCGAAUUUGUGUACGGGUUUGCAAAAGCCCAGUUCAGAAAAUGGAUACCAAAUCUGGAUAUUUUUUUAAGCCCUUCCUCUCCCUUUCUGGUUCUGGCAAUCAAAGCAAUCCUUCGAAUUCUCCUUUGUCUGUGAAAAUGGAAGGGAAAAAUCACAUCGUGAACACCAUAACUACUACUUCUUCUUCUUCUUCUUCUCCAAAAUCGCCCACAACCUUUGUUCAGGCAGACACUAACAGCUUUAGAGAUCUUGUCCAAAAAUUAACCGGUUUCGCCAGUGACUCGCAAAAACUACCGGCGACGAGAACGCUUUCCUCGUCAAAACCUUCGCAUAACGCCGUUGACUUUACCGGCCCACGCCGGUCACCUUUUAAGCUUCAAGAACGUAGGCGUACCUUAAGAAAGCUUGAGAUCAAACUUGGCUUGACCUCUCCCAGUAACUCAUCAUCAUCAACCCGCAAAACUGGCCGAAUCGACUCACCAGUGACUCCACUUUGCCCAGAGUUUUUGUUUUUUCCGAGUCCGGGAACCGAGUCGCCGUCUUCACCAGCAGUUUCAGGGGAGGAGAAGGCUAUAGCUGAAAAGGGUUUUUACUUGCACCCUUCGCCUUUGAACACACCAAGAGGAAGCGAGCCACCUGAGCUACUGACUCUGAAACAGUACUCUUUUGUUCCGACGAUGUGGUCGUUUUUCAAAGACCAUGUCCUCGAUAAAAAUCAACCAUUGGAUCGGCUUUCUCCUCAAGUUUCAUGCAUGAGGUCAAGCAGUUCUCAAAAACUGCCUCACGAGGGAGAAAAGAGCUAUGAUUAUGAUCCAACAUCAAGGGCUAAGGGUUGCAUAUAUUCUUUGAAAUCGACAUUGAUAGGAAAAGACUGA